AUGGUAUACCUUGAAUGGCCGUCGCAGCGCUCAAUUCUCAAUCAGCUUGUUCGUAGUACCUUUGUGGCCGUACGCCUUGCCUCAAGCGGGGGCAACAGCAGAGGCCCGGUGGACACAUACAAGUUGGACUCGGAGGGUUUAGUGGUGCGGCCUGGCGCGGUGCUGGUGUCAACGGAGUCUCCUCCGGAGAUCUUCCACUGCCUCUUGGAACAGCCUGCCUCGGCCAGCGUCUCGUGCAGGACCUUCGUCAACGCCAGCUCCUUCCUCUCGGCAAAGCACAACCAGGGCUUCGAGUCGCUGUGCGCCACGCCCUCGGGCGCGCGCCUGGUGACAGCCACCGAGGCGUCUCUGUCUAUCGACGCGGAUGGCGUGGUGAGACUCGCGUCCUACAGCAUGACAGCCGAUGGCGUUGCAGUUCCAGACCGGGAG